AACAAAAAAGUGAAAAUUAAGAUUUAGCAAUCCAGAACCCCUCUCUUUCACUCUCACUCUCACUCUCAGCCGGCCAAACCCACCGCCAGCAGCGGCGCCACCUCCGUCAGCCACGAAAUCUUUUCACUCUCUCCGAGGGUGGAAAUUGAAAGCAGAGGUGGAUUAUGAUUCUAAGUGGAUGCUCUGGGGUUUUUCAUUCGCUCCCUUAUAGCAGAAAAUCAUGUAGUUUCAGGUCCUACAAUUCGUCGAUUUCCGACAUUCCGAAAGUGGUGUCUUUCUACGAUAGAAGCUCGUGCAUACCUCAUCUGCAAAUUAAAUCGCCUGCAUCUCUAGGCCUCCACCAUUUCCACCUUUCUUCUGCAUCAACACCGCUCCUACAUGGCGAACAAGGCAGCUUAUCGCACACAAUCCCCAAAUUUCCGAUUCGCCCUCGCCAAUCGCUCUCCCCUAAAGCAUCAAAGGACGUACCCUACAGCUACAGAUACCCCGCCAUGACAAAGAAGCCGAAAUGGUGGUGGAGAACCCUAGCCUGCAUCCCGUACCUAAUGCCACUCCACGAAACAUGGAUGUACGCAGAAACGGCGUACCAUUUGCACCCCUUUUUGGAGGAUCUUGAAUUUCUGACGUACCCGUUUUUGGGGUCGCUCGGGAGGUUGCCGAGCUGGUUUCUCAUGGCGUACUUCUUUGUGGCUUACCUCGGAAUUGUGAGGCGAAAGGAGUGGCCCCACUUUUUCAGGUUCCAUGUCGUGAUGGGGAUGCUGCUCGAGAUUGCUUUGCAGGUUAUAGGGACUGUGAGCCGUUGGAUGCCUUUGGCUGUGUACUGGGGUAAGAUCGGUAUGCAUUUCUGGACAGCUGUUGCUUUUGCGUAUUUGUUCACGGUUUUGGAGUGCAUGAGGUGUGCGCUUGCUGGGAUGUAUGGUGAUGUUCCGUUUGUGUGCGAUGCUGCUUAUAUUCAAAUCCCGUAUGAUUAAGAUUAAUGUGGCUCGUCUUUGUGUAGAAAUUUGACCAAAUCGAGACUUAUGAUUGGGUUUUUUUUUUGUCCAUCGUAUGUUUGUUGUUUACUUGUGAUGUUUGAAGAUUUGUAAAAUGCAGACUUCUUUUCGGUACCGAAUAUUUGGGAUUAACUGCUGCUGCAUUCUUGAGCAAAGUUUCACCAUUUCCGAGGCUGUCCGAAGCAAUA